AGCGAGAGAGAGAGAGCGAGGGAGUGAGAGAGAGAGAGAGCCUCUCCCACAGGGAAACAUCACCAUCAACGGUCGAGCCCGGCUAACAGCAGCGGCAGCGUGGAGCACAAAAUAUGGAAGAAACGAUAUCAUAGAAGCCGAUUAGGCGUCGGCGGAGACCUUGAAGCGGUGGAUUAUUUUCCUAUUUCCCUAUUUAUUCACGUAUUUAUCUCCCUGUCAUUAAUGGCCGGGGUGCGCGGCUGCUGCUGCCUCUGAGUGAGAGGCAGGUGCAACAUCAUCAUCGACGGAGGAGGAGGCAUGGACUCAGCCAGGGCCGAUCCACAGGCGGGCCCACUCCUCACCCACAGCUCCCCGGACCAGGUGCUGCUCUGUUCGGGAGGAGAGAAGUAGCCGCGCUGCGUGUGUAGAGGCGAUACAACGGGCUGCUGGUGGAGGAGGAGGAGGAAGAAGAGGAGGAAGAGGAGGGGGCCCUCUUUACAUCCAAGUAUCAGAGCCAAUAUUUUCCGCUCUGGGCUCAAGGUUACACGCACAAAAUGCUACAGGGAUAAAGAGUUCUCUUUAUUUGUGUAAAACAUCAAAAUAGUGGUUUCAUGUCCCUGUUUCCUUUGCGGAUCUAAACCUGAGACAGUCUCGCAUUCAAGGCCUAAAAUAAAUAAAUAAUAAUAAAUAAAUAAAAAAACGUGUGUGAACGCUGUCUUCUCAUCUGGAAGAGAGACUCCAGCUCCAGCUGUCACCAUGAUGGAGCUACAGAUAGACGAGGUGGUCUACCAGGACGACUAUGGCUCCGGCACCGUCAUGUCGGAGCGGGUGUCGGGCCUGGCCAACAGCAUCUACCGGGAGUUCGAGCGGCUCAUCCGCAGCUACGACGAGGAGGUGGUGAAGGAGCUGAUGCCGCUGGUGGUGAACGUCCUGGAGAACCUGGACGCGGUGCUGACGGAGAACCAGGAGCACGAAGUGGAGCUGGAGCUGCUCAAGGAGGAUAACGAGCAGCUCAUCACUCAGUACGAGCGGGAGAAAGCGCUGAGGAAGCAGGCGGAGGAGAAAUUCAUUGAAUUUGAAGAUGCACUGGAGGCCGAGAAGAAGGACCUGCAGACGCAGGUGGAGUUUCUGGAGCUGCAGGGGAAACAGCUGGAGCUCAAGACAAAGAACUAUUCUGACCAAAUCACCCGUUUGGAGGAGCGAGAAUCAGACAUGAAGAAGCAGUACAACACUCUGCACCAGCGCCACACUGAGAUGAUUCAGACGUACGUCGAGCACAUAGAACGUUCCAAAAUGCAGCAAGUCGGGACCAACAGCCAAUCAGAAGGCCCUGGCUGUGGACGAACUCAACGCCACACAUGGAGGAAAAGCAAAGCGGAUCGCCCGUCGUCACUGAGCCUGUACCCCAGCGGUGAGGGAAUGGUACGUGGGGGUCUCGGGGGGGCUAGGAUGAUGCCCGGGAAAGACAUCUGGCAGGUCAGCGAGCUCGGCCAGUCUAUCUUCAGCUCUGCCUAUCAGGAGGACGGAUCAGAGUCAGACUCUGUGGUCGCCACACCCAGCAGCACAGGGAGCAAGUCCAACACGCCCACCUCCUCCGUCCCCUCCGCCACAGUCACUCCGAUAAACGAGGGCUUCCACACACACUCCGAGUUUGACGUGAUGCGCACCGGGAACCACAGGAAAAGUGCCAAGCGGCACAGCCGGAACAUGGAGGUGCAGGUUUCCCAGGAAACCAGGAACGUCAGCAUCGGUAUGGGAAGCAGCGACGAAUGGUCCGAGUUCCAGGAGAUUAUUGACUCUACUCCUGAGCUGGACAUGUGUGUGGACCACCGUGGGUACGGAGGAGGAAACAGCCCCACACAGGGAAUUGUGAACGAGGCCUUUGGUAUCAACACGGACUCUCUCUACCACGAGAUCAAAGACGCCAAGUCAGACAUCAUCGGCGAUGUCGAUGCAGGUGCCGAGCUGCUAGGCGAGUUCUCAGUUCGUGACGAUUUCUUCGGAAUGGGCAAGGAGGUGGAGAACCUGCUGACAGAAAACAAACAGCUCCUAGAGACCAAAAAUGCUCUCAACAUUGUGAAAAACGACCUCAUAGCCAAAGUGGACGAGUUGUCGGGGGUGCAGGAGGUGCUGAGGGAGGAGCUGGAGGCCGUGAGGCAGUCAAAAAACAAAGUGGACGCCAGAGUCAAGGAGCUGGAAGAAGAACUCAAGAGGUUAAGAGCAGAAGCUCUCAAUGCAUCUCAGGACUCCAAGGAUGAAGGAGGUGAUGAUUUUUCAUCACCCAUGCAAGAUGGCGACAUGACAAUGAUUCAACGGCGACGAUUCACCCGCGUGGAGAUGGCCCGAGUGCUGAUGGAGAGGAACCAGUACAAAGAGAGGCUGAUGGAGCUGCAGGAGGCUGUACGGUGGACAGAGAUGAUCAGGGCAUCUAGAGAGAGUCCUGCAACUCAAGAGAAAAAGAAGUCUACCAUCUGGCAAUUUUUUGCACGUCUCUUCAGCUCAUCGGCCAGCCCUCCGCCUGUCAAGCGUCCAUACUACAGCGUCAACAUACACUACAAGUCGCCCUCACCGGCUGGUUUCUCUCAGCGCCGCAGUCAGACCAUGUGUCAGAUCUCCACCUCCAACCGCACUCUGGAGUUCUUCCCUGAAGAACUGGCGAGUAACGGUGUUGCGUCUCUCCUCAGUGACUCAGCACUCGUGGCCCGCCGGGAGCAGCGGCGGGAGCAGUACCGGCAGGUCCGCGAGCACAUGCGCCGUGAUGACGGCAUCAUGCAGGCAUGUGGCUGGAGUGUGCCGUCUCGAUUUAAACAGACUGGUGGUCAGACGGACAGCGCUCAGGACACCCCUGUGAAGAGACAACAGACCACCAACGAAAAAGAGGACAAUCGCAUGAAGAACGUUCCCGUCCCGGUUUACUGCCGCCCUCUGGUGGAGAAGGACCCCAACAGGAAGUUGUGGUGUGCAGCGGGGGUGGACCUAACAGGAUGGAGGGCCAGCAGCCAGGAGGUGGGGCCAGCCAAGGCGCUGUCAGGCAACAGCGACCCGCUGCGUGCUGAGGACGAUGGAGCUGAGAAGAAAAACAACCACACUUCACCAGAGAAGAAGAAGCUCCAAGAGACGGACACUAUGAGCAGUCGAGUGUGGAUCCUCACGAGUACCCACUCUGCCAGCAAGGUGGUCAUCAUCGAUGCCAACCAGCCGGGCUCACUUGUUGACCAGUUCAACGUGUGCAAUGCUCACGUGCUCUGCAUCUCCAGUGUGCCAGCUGCCAGUGAGAGUGACUAUCCAGCAGGAGAGAUAGUGUUGGAUCCAGGUGAUGGUGGUGCAGGUGGAGGCGAGGACACUGGGAGUGUGGAGGGCAUGUUGGCUGGAAUCACUCUUGUCGGCUGCGCCACUAACUGCAGCGUCGCCCGCAGCAACUGCUCCUCACGCACUGACACUCCCAUAAUGGACAAAGGACAAGCCCCCACCGCUCCCCCCAUGAACGGGAGGAUUCACCCUGCACAGUCCGCCGAGGAAGCAACCGAGGCCACCGAGGUUCCUGAGUCAACAGCCAGCCACACAGAAAUGAGAUCUGGACCGCCGGGACCGUUUACCGAGCACGUCUUCACCGACCCCCAGCCUCGUCCAGCGGACGCCUCUGACAGAAGUGCAGGUCAGUCCAAAGAGGACAUGUCCCACCCUCCAGAGUCAGAGGACGGAGGUGAAGAGGCCAAAAACUACACAAGCGUCGCCCCCACUAUGUGGCUUGGGGCCCAGAACGGCUGGCUCUAUGUUCACUCCGCUGUUGGAAACUGGAAAAAGUGUCUCCACUCCAUCAAACUCAAAGACUCUGUGCUCAGCCUGGUACAUGUCAAAGGUCGUGUGCUGGUCGCCCUCGCAGACGGAACCCUCGCCAUUUUCCACAGAUCAGAGGAUGGACAGUGGGAUUUGUCCAACUACCACCUAAUGGACCUCGGUCGGCCUCAUCACUCCAUUCGCUGCAUGGCUGUCGUUCACGAUAAGGUGUGGUGUGGCUACAAGAACAAGAUCCAUGUCAUCCAGCCCAAGAGCAUGCAGAUUGAGAAGUCGUUCGACGCCCACCCCCGCAGGGAGAGCCAGGUGCGGCAGCUAGCGUGGAUCGGUGACGGCGUCUGGGUGUCGAUCCGGCUCGACUCGACCCUGCGUCUCUACCAUGCUCACACUCACCAGCAUCUCCAGGACGUGGACAUUGAACCAUACGUCAGCAAGAUGCUGGGUACUGGCAAGCUGGGCUUCUCCUUUGUGCGAAUCACAGCACUUCUAAUUGGUGGGAAUCGUCUUUGGGUCGGAACUGGAAAUGGUGUGAUCAUCUCCAUCCCUCUGACAGAGACGGUGGUCCUUCACCGGGGACAGCUCCUGGGUUUGAGGGCCAAUAAGGUAUCACCAACGUCCUCCGGUGGAGUCAUCCGCGUGUACGGUGACGACGGUUCCGAGAAGAGCAGCGGCAGCUUCAUCCCGUACUGCUCCAUGGCUCAGGCUCAGCUCUGUUUCCAUGGACACAGAGACGCCGUCAAGUUCUUCGUCUCUGUACCCGGCAACGUUCUGGCCACCCUUAAUGGCAGCGUGCUGGACAGUCCGUCAGAGGGACAGGGCUCCACGGUGCCUGCGGAGACGGAGGCCCAAAGUGUUCACAACGUGCUGGUGCUGAGUGGAGGAGAGGGAUACAUCGACUUCCGUAUAGGUGAUGGAGAGGACGAUGAGACGGAGGAAGGAGAAAGCAGUGCGGUAGUAUCGCAGAUAAAACCCGCUUUGAGCAAAGCAGAGCGAAGUCACAUCAUUGUCUGGCAGGUGUCUUAUGUACCCGAGUGACACCAGGACCUGCAUUAACGCCCCACACACACCCACCCACCCCCUCCCUCUUCCUCCUGGCCCCCUGAAAAGCUUCCAGCCACCCAAAACUUGUAAUUAUCCCCGAUCAAGUAAAAUGUCCCCUUGGCUCUAAAACGACCCUCUAAGCAGUGUAUUGUACCUUGUAACUAUUAUAUCCCCUCCUGCCCCAUCACCUUGUAACUUAAAUGCUUGUAAGUACAAACAUCCUCUGACCUAUUAAUCUGCCUGCCAUCCUGUCCCACCCAGGACAUUGUUCAUGAGCUUCGUAACCCACUCGCAUAACUAUCCCCAACUCCUGUGUAUCAAUCAACCCUGUAAGCACACUCUGUAUUUACCCCAGUCACCCUGCAUCUGCCCCAGAGUUAGUUAGGCCCCCUUUCUCCAUUUUGUUUGUCAUCUCUGAAACCUUUACCUCUUCUUAGGGAAAAAAAAAAAAAAAAAAAGUCAAGGGCAAUGCUGACUUACAUUUCUACUGAAAAUCUGCGUGGUUUCUCCAACAACAGCCAAUCCAUAAUUAUUUAUUCAUGGCACAAUACGGAUCCUGGCGUUCAUGGAUACAGGUAUCAGGUGCUAGCACACACACACACACACAGGAAUCAUGUUUUGGCACCAAGUUCACAGUGAUCGUUUCCCCGUCUUUGUGUUUGCUAAAACUUUGACAAUGUGUUCAAAUGUCCAAUUAUUACGCUUAAACGUCUGGGUUCUUUAGGCUGUGACCUCAUCUCACCUCGCCUCUGUUUUAAAAAAGUGUCCCGAUAAAGACUGUGUGUUCUCAUCACAGUGCGGUUAUUGAGCCCAACAUGGCUGAAGCGGCUUAAUGCGAAUGAGCUCCAAACAUGUGCACAUAAUAUGCUUUGAAUUGCACGGGUGACACCGAGGGUUCAGUCAACUAAUUUCUCUCAUCCGACUGGCUGUGGAUCGGACGGUUUGGUGUGAAGCGGGAGGUGAGCGGGUGGCGUGUCGUCGGAACGUGUACAGGGAUUAUUGUAAAUCUCCAAACACACUGAAGCUCAUCCUCUCUAUGUUCAGUAUGAUACUUCAUGCAUUGAUCUUUAUGUGUGGAUUAAAUAUUAAACAUUAUUUGUGUGCUGAAAAUCA